UAUUGGUACGGAAUGUUACCUUUGACCCUCAGCUCUAUUCCUGGCAGUCCUUUUCUCGCGGGAAAGUGAGAAGACACCGCGAAGAAGAUGCGAGCGAGGGGAAGGAUGUAUCCGGGCUGAAUACGUCUAAAAAAAAACAGCAGAUGGAAGCAGAGAGUAACAAGAGGCGUUCCGGGGAAUGAGACGGGAAGGGUGUUGGAUCGGGGCGAAGGUCGUCUACUGAAGAAUAUGGAUUUUCUGAGCAAGACUUCAAUCUACGAUAUAGCUCAAGAUGCCUCCCAAGUCGCCAGUCACCACGACACGGAUAAUGCGCGAUUCCUUAGACCGGUGGUGACAAUCGAAAAAGUUCCAGACAAGCUCUUGCUCAAUGCCUUCUCAUUUCUGAAGCACAAGGAACUUGGGAGAGUGGCACAGGUGUGUCGGAAAUGGCGUCUGCUUGCUUAUGACAGUCGGCUAUGGCAGAGCGUGUCGCUCCGCCCGGAAUUCUCAGGUCUACAUGUUAACCACAUAGAAACUCUAAUGGCGCUGAUAAGUCUUCGGUUUGGUGUCACCCUCAAAUAUAUUGAGCUGCCAAGUGAACUUAUUCAAGCCCCUGUGUUACAUGAACUAUCAAACAAAUGCCCAAAUCUUCGAAACAUGACCUUGGACUUUUCGAAUGCCAUGCAGCUCCAUGACUUUAAUGACCUCAAUGCCUUCCCCUGCAAUUUGCGAAGUCUCUGUAUCUGUCUCUCGGAGGUCAUCUUUCUGGAAGGGUUCAUGCGCAGAAUAUAUAGCUGUUUGUCAUCACUUGAAGUCAUGCAUUUGAUAGGAACAUUUGAGCUGUCUACGGAGUCUGAUGAAGACAGCUAUGAAGUCAUCAACAUCAGCAAGAUCAAAGCGCACACGCCAAACUUAAAGAUUGUCAACUUUUAUGGAAUCGGUUUCAUUGAUGACUCCCACAUCGAACUGUUGACCUCCAACUGCAUCCAUCUGGAGACUCUGGCGCUCAACUUCUGUCUCCGUGUUCGAGGAUCGUCUUUCAAGACCCUGAUACAGCGCUGCAAGAAGCUGAAGUCCCUCCUCCUGCAGCACACAGGUGUUGAAGACGCGCACAUGCAGAGUGUGCCGUGGGAGACGUCCAUGGUCAAUGAACUGGAUCUCACUUCGACAGAGCUUUCAGCAGAGUGCUUGGAGAACGUGCUCACCCGGAUGCCUGGGUUCACGUACCUUGGUCUCGGGCACUGCGAGUUCUUUUCAGAUAAAGUAUUGGAAAAGUUGAUGGAGAAAGGCAAGUUCAACCGCCUCCAAGCCCUGGAUGUGAGCCACACCCACGCUCUCUCCGAGAACACGCUGUACCAAUUCCUGCAGCUCCACGGACCCAAUCUCCGUGGCUUGAUGUUGGCAGGGAAGCCCAAGCUUACAGAGAACUUCUGGCUGAAUGUCAUUCCAUUCUUGAAGAAAAUGCAAGUGUGUGGUCUUGGCACUGCGAAUGGCUGGUUCCUGAAGAUGUCUAGCCGUGUCCAUGUGGACCAGAUCGUGGAGGCGUUCGCCCAACACUGCCCCAAGCUGCUGCGUGUGGAGAUUCAGUGGGACCCGGACACCAUCAGAUACAGCGACAAGAGCAACAAGUUCAUAGAUCAUCUCAGGUUGCGCUGCCCCCACUUAAAGUCCUUUACACUGAGUGAUGGGGAGUACUACGAAAUGGUCAAGUCAAAUUUCGAGCGAGCUGACCGUCUGAAAGUUGUUCGGACAACCACCAACUACAGCACAAGUAUCGUCUGCUUGCUGGCUAAUUACAGUGACUUGUUGUUUAACUGAUACAAGCGAACACGUGGCUGAAUGAUCUAACUUUCAUUAGUGUAUGUGGAUUCAGUGGUCAUGCCGUUUCCUAAAAAAAAUGAGAAAAUAUUAAGACCAUUAUCUGGGACUCCUGAGUCUUUCUACCUGAGACUGGUCCCCUGGAACUGAUCCUCUGUUGUAGGAUGUUGAGCACAGAGUGGUCGGUCUCCUAAACACAGGCAGGGGUUAGGGUCAUUACAUCAAACCAAAUAUUUUCUUGUUUUAACUAUGUAUCAACAUGCUAAGACAGGGUCAAUAAAAAUAAUGGUUUUCAGGGUUAAUUAUAGGUUAAUUACAAAAUAACUUAAAAAUGUUUUGCCAAGAAAAGUUACAUUAUGUUUUUUGUGGAAUUGAGGUAAGGAUUUCCUGAUAGAUAAGAAAAAUACAUUGGUGUGGCUUCAGAAAUAGUACACCCUUUUCAUGGUUCUGAAAACAAAGGUCUGUUGAACUAUUUAAAACUAACAAGAACAUAAAAAGGUCUGUUUCGUUAGAAAGUGGAAAAGGUCCUAGCUCUCUCCUCACCCUUAAGUCGAUGAAUCUAAAUUUGUCAUGAAUGUUAUAUUGUCAAGGUGUAUUGUAAUCAUGACACAGAACAGAAUUUGAUUGUAUUGUCAAGGUCAACAAUUAUUAUAUGUUCAGAUUCUGAAUUAAGACCCAACUUGUACCACAAGUUAAGUGACACUGAUGAUGCACAAGCUGGCUGGCAUUAUUGUCAUGGAUAACAUCAGUAUGUGUGGUGUACUCUUCAAAAUGUUGCCAAGAAUAAUGAACUCUAGACAAUACCAACCAAAACCUUUGAAAGAAAAAAUAAGUUUGAAUUAAUAAUGUUUUUCAGUAACAUAUAGGAAUACCAGAAAUACAUAUUACUCAAAAGAAGUGUAAAGGACCACAAUUGGCUGUCAUGACAGAUUAACUAUCGUAAUAUGUAAGAAGCGGUGGUCCUUAACUUCUUUUGAGUAGUAUAUGCCAGACAUUGAUGGUACAGUGUUAUGUAUGGCUCGUAUGAUCUCACAAUACUCUAAUGAUUUUAGACUGACUGUCGUUUCUUGAUGUAAAAUCCAAAUGGCUGAAGAAAUCGAAAUGUUGCCUGUUUCUGUAGUCUGGUACUGCAGCAGUAAUAAGGAUGUCAUUGACAUCAAUAGGUUCAACUUGGGCUUCCUCUAUGAUCAAAGCUGACCUGUAUCAGCCGGUCGCACAGAAACUCUGAAAUAGUAUCUCAUCAUUUUCAAUUUAUUAUUCCAUAAUGGUUAAGAUAAUAAAUAUAGUGUUUGAUCUUGUAAUCGUUAUAGACGCCCAUCACGGUUUGAUUCCCAAUACUGCUGGAUUCAGUGCAACCAUUCAUGUCAUACUUUGAGAUCAUUUUCUAAAAAAUCGCUACAAUGAACAAGAAAAGUUAGGAUCAUGAAUAUUUUGUGGGAUAUUUUUAUUUAAUUUUUUGUUGUCAUAACAGAAAUAUGUCCCCCAAAUAUUCAUGAUCCGUAACCUUUUUUUUUCAGGAAAUAAUCAUGUAUUUUGAAUCAGGGCUAUUAAGACAACUGUUCAUCAAUGUAACAUUUCAGAAAGAGAUCUGCUGGUGAUUAAAAGAAAUAGUUUAUGGGCUCUUUUUCUAAAUUGUCACUUUUUGUUUUAUUAAUUACUUUAGAGAUUUCCAGAGUUUAAAAAUCAGGAAAGUAAAAAAAUUAAUAUAUUCUCAAUUGAAAGGUUUUUUUUUUACUACCGAGUCUGAUACAUCAUUUAGCAAUAAAAUAUAUCUCAAUUAUUUUCAUACAUGUCCCAACACAAGCUAUUAAAACUCACUAUGACAGUUGUUCACAA